AUGAAUCAAACGCUAAAUUUUGGCGGAAAUAAUAAUAACCAAAAUUUUGUGACCGAUAAUAUUAUCGGUAAUAAUAAUAAUAAUAAUAAUACCGUCUCCGAUGGCUACUAUGGCAAUCGGUCAUUGGCCAGCAAUUCGACGGGAUUACCAUACGACGACAGUCCCUAUAAUGUCAAACAAGCUAUACUAAUAUUUCGGCUGAUUUUGCUCGGCUUGGGGUUAAUCGGUAAUUCAUUGUUGAUAUUUGUCUACAUUAAGUGUUCAUCAAUUAUUACCAACCGUUUGGGCGUCUAUGUUGUCAAUCUGUGUAUAGCGUUUGUUAUCGAUAUGCUGGACGCAACCAUCUGGUCGCUCAAACAGUUUGGCUACGACUAUAAAGAUCCACAAUGGGCACUGCCCCAUCUGGUCCAUCAAUUAGCUGGUCUUCCCCAAAUUGGUUUACCCACUACAUCCCUGUUCUUCUUUCUGAUGCUAUUCGAUCGUCUAUGGGCUACCUGUGCCGCCCGAUGCUAUCGAUCGUGCUAUGGCUCACUGGCCAAUGCUUGCGUCCUAAGCGUACUUCUAUGGUUGGCAUCGUUUUUCAUGAUCUUCAUCAUCAUAUUUCCCGACCUGUUGUUCCCGUACGAGGAACUCCAUACUGUCAUCCGAUUUUUGGUCUCCUAUAUCGGUCCGUUUGCAUUGAAACUAUUGUUGGCCAUCAUAUUGAUUGCCAAACGCAAGAUGGUUCCCGACAACGACCAAUCGCAAGCGUUUAUCGAUCGCCAACGAAAGUCUCUCUACUAUACCCUAACCAUUGUCAUCAUUCAUCUGCUAUUCAGUGUUCCCUACUAUGUCUUGCAGACCAACAUCUACUUCAAACUGGUUGAUGCCAUUCAAGUGGACGAAUGGAUCGUUUUUCUUUGCUAUACCGUAUCGGAGGUACCGUUGGUAUUGAAUCCGAUUUUCUGUUUCAGUAUUGAACCCGAAUUCAAGGAUUCGUUGGUUUCUGUUUGUACCUGUGCUGGCCGUCAGCGACGCGAUCGACUCGACGGCGGCGACGAUCACGCCGAAUGUCAACCGCUGGCACCGUUAGCUACGUCGCCGAUUGCCGAAGAAAAGGAGCAUCUGGACGAAGCCGAAAACUGAU